AUGGGUGAUACGGAUGGACAAGUGGUAGCUGGUGGCAAUGGCGAAGGAAAUGGAUUGAAUCAAUUGAAUCAUCCAACCGAUGUGUUAAUUGACAAAGAGACUGAUAGUCUCAUUAUUUGUGAUUGGCAGAAUCGACGAGUCGUACGGUGGUCUCGUCGUAGCGGCAAAACUCAAGGAGAAAUUAUCGUUGACAACAUCGAUCCUUACGGAUUGGCUAUGGAUGAUAGGAGAUAUCUCUAUAUCUCUGACAUCGAAAAACAUGAAGUAAGACGAUAUCAAAUAGGAGACAAGAAUGGAACUAUCGUGGCUGGCGGCAACGGCAAAGGUGCUGGUCCCAAUCAGCUCAACUUUCCGACCUUUAUCUUUGUCGAUCAAUACCAGACUGUCUACGUGUCAGACGAAUGGAAUUAUCGUGUGAUGAAAUGGCAUAAAGAUGCAAAGGAAGGAAUUGCUGUCGCUGAGAGUCAAGGCAAUGGAAAGACUCUAAAACCAUUGGGGAAUCCGAAUGGGCUGUUCGUUGAUACGUUGGGUACCAUCUAUGUGGCAGACUCGUCGAAUUAUCGAGUGAUACGUUGGCUUCAAGGAGCGAAACAAGGCACUGUCAUUGUGGGUGGAAACGGUCAAGGAGAAGGAGCAAAUCAGCUCAAUGAUCCUCGCGGUUUGUCUUUCGAUCGGCAAGGCAAUCUCUAUGUCGUCGACCGUUGGAAUUAUCGUGUUCAACGAUUUUCAAUUAAGUGA